ACAAUUGCGAGCUUCCUUUUUUCCUCCUUAAAACUCAGCUCCUUUAUCCUCUGGUUUAAGGCGGCCGCUGCGAAAUCUGCCACCGGUGACCUUUUUCUUUCAUCGGACUGUUUCUCAUUUUUGUUUUUCCCCCUUAACUUUGCGGGGAACACAAAAGUAAAAUAAAAAUCGAGGAAGAAGGAAGAAACUAAAAACAAUGGCACAGCAAGCAGUGCAGAAGAACACGUUGUACGUGGGAGGGCUAGCGGAGGAAGUGAAUGAAGCAAUCCUCCAUGCCGCUUUCAUCCCUUUUGGAGACAUAAAGGACGUCAAGACCCCAUUAGAUCAGGCCACUCAGAAGCACCGCUCCUUUGGCUUCGUUACUUUCUUGGAGAAAGAGGAUGCCGCCGCUGCCAUGGACAACAUGGAUGGAGCUGAGCUCUAUGGUCGAGUCCUCACCGUCAAUUACGCCCUCCCUGAGCGGAUCAAGGGUGGCGAGCAGGGCUGGGCUGCUCAACCUAUUUGGGCUGAUGCCGACACAUGGUUUGAGCGGCAACAACAAGAAGAAGAAAUGCAGCGCCUUCAGGCAGAGAACCAGGCUGCAAUGCGUGCUGCAGAGGAGUUGCAUAGGAAGAAAUUGGCAGAGGAACGACAAGGGGAGAAAGAGGACGACUCAGAGAUGAAGGAUGAUCCAAUGGCAAGGGCUGAAGCCGAAGUUUUGAAUCAGGGUUAACUAGUUUCUUUGCUAUUAAAUUGAGCAAUCAAUACU